AUGGGAGGUGAAAAUACCCACUGGGAGCUGGAGGAAGGUCUUCCUCAGUUUGAGGAUCCUUUCAUCCAGCAGUACUUGAAGGGUCGUGACGCGUUAAUCGCCGAGGAACAAAAGAGGCGCCAUGAUGCUACUUAUCGCAAGUCCAUGUCCCCGAUUGCCGCCCGCGCUUGCAAAAUCGUCUCCCAGAUUCGGGCCCGCGAGCAGAACGAGGUGUGGACUACUGGCCUGGACGCCGAGACAGCACACCAGGCCGAUGAGAUCCUCUACCCGGGUGUAAUGUUCCACCAUGCAAAGGGCCGCAUGGAAAAGACCAAUCUGUGGAAGAUUGUUGAGAAAAUGCCCAAAGGAUCACUCUUGCAUGCUCACAUGGAUGCAAUGUUCGAUAUCGACUUCCUAAUCGAUCAAGCCUUUUCUACACCUGGUAUUCAUAUUUUGGCUCCAAAUCCACUUAUUUCACCCCGGGAUUUUGAAAAGGCGCCCGUGUUCUUCCAAUUCUCGUCGCAGUCGACUGCAGAGAGCGAGAAGAAGACGAAUAUCUGGGCCGAGGGGUAUGAGCCCUCAUCGUUGAUCCCAAUCCAGACAGCUGCCUCCUCCUUCCCUAAUGGCGGCGAGACUGGAUUCCGUGAAUGGCUUCGCAGUCGGUGUAUGCUUAUGCCCGAGCAUUCAUACCACCAUCAUCAUGGUGUCGAUGCGAUCUGGGCAAUCUUCACUACGACUUUCCCCGUCAUCAACUCGAUUCUCAUGUACGAGCCAAUCUUCCGAGCAUGCUUCCGCCGAAUGCUGGGCCAAUUAGCUGCCGAUGGCAUUCGCUAUGUGGAACUCCGUAUUGCAUUCGUCUUUGCGUGGAGGAAAGAGGGCAAGGACCAGCCGGAAGACGGUUAUGAUGACUGGUGCCGAACCGUUGAAGAAGAGGUUGAACGGUUCAAGCAGACGGAGGAAGGCAAGUCAUUCUACGACGCGCGCAUUAUCUGGACUACGAUUCGGCGAUUCGGCAAUAAAGAGAUCGUCGAGACUAUGAAGCAGUGCAUUGAGACCAAGCACGCCUUUCCCGAUCUCAUUUGUGGCUUUGAUCUAGUCGGACAGGAAGAUCUGGGAAGACCACUCAAGGAUCUGGUACCAGUUCUGUUCUGGUUCCGGAAACGCUGUGCGGAGGAAGGUGUCGAUAUUCCUUUCUUCUUCCAUGCCGGUGAAUGUCUAGGCGACGGUGACGAGACCGAUCACAAUCUCUUCGAUGCCAUUCUACUGGGGACCCGGAGAAUCGGCCACGGCUUCUCCCUCUAUAAACACCCGCUUCUGAUUGACUUGGUCAAGGAGAAGAAAAUCAUGAUCGAAUGCUGUCCCAUAUCGAACGAGAUCCUCCGCCUUGCAAGUUCCAUUAAGAGCCACCCAUUGCCAGCGUUAUUGUCCCGCGGUGUCCCCGUCUCGUUGUGCAACGAUGAUCCAGCCAUUCUCGGCCACGGGAAGAACGGGCUCACCCAUGAUUUCUGGCAAGCGCUUCAGGGUCUGCAAAAUAUUGACUUGGCCGGUCUGGCCAUGAUGGUCCAGAAUUCGAUUCGGUGGAGCUGCUAUGAGGACCAGUCAACUCCCGAGUGGAAGCACGAUGUCGAGCAGGGAAUCUUGGGUGAAGGAUUGAAGGCGGCUCGUUUGCGAGAAUGGCAUACUGAAUUUGAAAAGUUUUGCGAAUGGGUCGUUUUGGAGUUUGCGGAGUUCGACGAGGAAGAUUAG